CGCAUGCUCCGUGGCGGGCCCCGCAGCGCGGACUGGCUCUCGCGCCGGCCUCUGAGGCCCGCAAAGCCCCACCUGGGUGCGCGGGCAUGGCGGCCAGCCUAUGGAUGGGCGACCUGGAACCCUACAUGGAUGAGAACUUCAUCUCCAGAGCCUUUGCCACCAUGGGGGAGACCGUGAUGAGCGUCAAAAUUAUCCGAAACCGCCUCACUGGAAUCCCAGCUGGCUACUGCUUUGUAGAAUUUGCAGAUUUGGCCACAGCUGAGAAGUGUUUGCAUAAAAUUAAUGGGAAACCCCUUCCAGGAGCCACACCUGCAAAACGUUUUAAACUGAACUAUGCUACUUAUGGGAAACAACCAGAUAACAGCCCUGAGUACUCCCUCUUUGUGGGGGACCUGACCCCAGACGUGGACGAUGGCAUGCUGUAUGAAUUCUUCGUGAAAGUCUACCCCUCCUGUCGGGGAGGCAAGGUGGUUUUGGACCAGACAGGCGUGUCUAAGGGUUAUGGUUUUGUGAAAUUCACAGAUGAAUUGGAACAGAAGCGAGCACUGACGGAGUGCCAGGGAGCAGUAGGACUGGGGUCUAAACCUGUGCGGCUGAGUGUGGCAAUCCCUAAAGCGAGCCGAGUAAAGCCAGUGGAAUAUAGUCAGAUGUAUAGUUACAGCUACAACCAGUAUUACCAGCAAUAUCAGAACUACUAUGCCCAGUGGGGCUAUGACCAGAACACAGGCAGCUACAGCUACAGUUACCCCCAGUAUGGCUAUACUCAGAGCACCAUGCAGACGUAUGAAGAAGUUGGAGACGAUGCAUUGGAAGACCCCAUGCCACAGCUGGAUGUGACUGAGGCCAACAAGGAGUUCAUGGAGCAGAGCGAGGAGCUGUAUGACGCACUGAUGGACUGUCACUGGCAGCCCCUGGACACAGUGUCUUCUGAGAUCCCUGCUGUGAUGUAGCAAGGACAAAGAACAUGUCAGAAAGGACUGUGAGAGGAAGAUGAGACUCUUUUUUAAAAAUUUUUUGAAGCCUUUUUGGAAA